AUGCGCAGACCUCGUCGACACAGAUGGUUGACCGUAUCAGUAUUCUUCAUCGCGUACUCCGUGUUCCAAGCUGUGUUCAUGUCCUCCAAUGCCUCGGAACCGAUCGCCACUCCUGAUGACGUGGCAGACAAGAUAGAUAAGACCCCCGUCGCAGAUGAAAUCACCAAGAGUCAGACCGGGAAAGGCAAAGAUGAAACUCCACUGCUAAUUACCCCGCCUUCGGAAAAUGAAGACAAAGGCCCAGCAGAAGGUGAUAAGAAGAAACUUAAAGGUACACUGGAAGAGGAUGAACCAGACAAGAAGACCUUGAAAGACGCUGGAUAUGUUGAGGACAAUGAAACUGAACGCAUAAGAGAACAAGAGAGAAAACUGUGGUCAUCUAUCCCGACCAUCAGGCCUCUGCGAGUCAACUGUUCGCCACCGGCUAUUGAACAGUUUCCGAAGCCGCUGAUGGGCCAGACAGCUCGUAAGCAUGGCGGUCUCAUUAUCCACAUUCUGGUUUGUGUGUUCACAUUUAUCGGCCUGGCUAUCGUCUGCGAUGAGUACUUUGUGUCCAGCCUCGACAGGAUCUGUGAAGAAUUUAAGUUGGCACCAGAUGUAGCUGGCGCGACAUUCAUGGCGGCCGGUAGCUCCGCUCCGGAACUGGCUACAGUCGUUAUUGGAGUGUUUUGUGCACAGGAUGACAUUGGAGUGUCUGGAGUGAUUGGUUCAGCGGUAUUCAAUAUAAUGUUCGUGAUCUCCGUGUGUGCCCUGUGCGCUGGUACCGUCUCACACCUGAACUGGUGGCCGCUUUGUCGCGACUGCUUCUUCUACGCAAUCUCUAUUCUCGUGAUGUUGUGCACUAUCGCCAACGCAUACGUGUCCUGGCCUGAAGCUCUCUUCAUGUUGAUAAUGUACGGAGUGUACUGCGUGGCGCUGCGCUUUAAUACAACCCUGGAGCGUUGGGCUAUGACGCUGCCACUGCCAUUUAAGCUCCCAACACGCGAGGAACAGGCCGCCCUAGUUACUUACAGGAGUGCGGGAGGUCAGCCUCCUGCGCCUGCGGCUGGUGGAGACAGUACGUAUUCACAAAUGGAAGGACAGACCAAGGAGACGCCAUUACAGGAUUCGCCAUACAAUCCAGAAGGUAUUUACGAUAAUGCUGCAUACAAUGCUGAUCCGAUCCCAGCGUGGGACCCUAACAGUACUUGGGACCCGAACAGCUCCUGGGACGAUGGUUCCGGAGCGCCAAGCUACAACGCUCCACAGCAACAGCAAUCUUACCAACCACAACAGCAACAACAGACACAACGGCAACAAACUCAGCAACAACCAGAACAGCCACAGCAGCCGCCAGCAGCUCCAGCCUACUACAAAGCCAAAGAGUACAACCCGGAGACAGCUGUCGAUCCACUGGUGAAGCCUAUUGGAGCAAACCACUUGCAGCUGGCAUUUUGGUACGUGGUGUACCCCAUCCACUGGUCUUGUCGCCACACCAUGCCGGACUGCCGCGGCCGCUGGUACCCAAUUACAUUCAUCAUCAGCAUGCUGUGGAUCUCCUUCUACUCUUACUUCAUGGUCUGGAUGAUUACGAUAAUUGGCUAUACCCUGGGGAUCCCCGAUACAGUCAUGGGAUUGACCUUCGUCGCAGCUGGCGUAUCCGUGCCUGACGCGCUCUCCUCACUCGCUGUCAUUAAAGAAGGUUACGGUGAUAUGGCGGUAUCCAACGCCGUAGGAUCUAAUGUAUUUGACAUCCUAGUCUGUCUUGGACUGCCAUGGUUCAUCCAAACAGCUAUCAUACAUCCUGGUAGCCAUGUCAACGUUUAUCAUAAAGGUUUGAUCUACUCGACGCUAUCUCUAUUUUCCACUGUUGUCUUCCUGGUCGUGGCAACUCAUGCUAACGGCUGGAAACUAGAUCGAAAAUUCGGCGCAGUCCUAAUGGUAUGGUACAUUCUCUUCAUCACCCUGGCCAGUCUUUACGAACUUAAUAUAUUCGGCGAUUUCACAAACCCUGAUUGUGUCUCAACUUAUUAA